AAUAAUGACGGAGGGAGGCGAAAUAUUUAAUCUUUGGGCGCAGCCACCGGUCGAUCUAUACAUCAAGAUAUACAUAUUUAACAUAUCCAAUGCCCAGGAAUUUUUAGCGGGUCGAGAACGCCUUCGUGUGGAACAAGUUGGUCCUUAUGUAUACAAGGAGAUUAUGACUCACGAAAAUGUGACGUUCAAUCAAAAUAACACUAUGUCCAGCACACCCAGUCAUCCCUUAGUCUGGCAAGAGCAAAUGUCGCAGGGUUGUCAUGAAAACGAUGAAGUUGUUAUGCUGAAUAUUGCCAUGUUGAGCUUGCCGGCUAUGCACGAGAUUCCAGCCAGACGCUGUGUCAGCAGUUUUGCCGGUGGCGGUCAUCGUACGAUCGGUCAUUGCCGUCAUCUGGUUAACUUAGAUAACUACUUCCCUCUUGGAAUUAAGGCCGCCCCCUGCCGACCCUAA